AUGGCAGACAAGGCUUUAAAUGAUUUUCAAGUCAAAUUGUUGACUUUGCUUUAUUUGCUUUGGGCCGUUUGGGGCUUGCUUGGAGUUCAACCCAGUGGAUGGUCUGCCAUUUUACACUUUGUGUUAAAAUGGUCAUCCUCCAUUUGGGCCGAGAAAGCCCUAUCUGCCCAGUUUUUUGGAGAACUUGGGUGCUCAUCUAUACAUGGACAUUCAAAUGGUUGUUUCUUCCCAGUUUCUACAGCAUCAGAGGCAUUGGUAGAAGAUGAUUUUGAGCAGUGUGAGCACACAGUCAAAAAGUGGGCAUCUUCUUCCCUUGAAUCAGAAGUCAGCGAAGACAAACAUCUGUUGAGGGACUUGCUAUUUUUACUUCAUGUACCUAGGACAGGUGGAAGGACUUAUUUUCACUGUUUCCUGAAAAAGCUUUAUGCUAACUCUUUGGAGUGCCCACGCUCCUAUGAUAAGUUAAGGUUUGAUCCCAGAAAGCCAAACUGUCGUUUAUUGGCUACUCAUGAUGACUACAGCUUGAUGUCGAAACUUCCUAAUGAUAGAACUUCUGUGGUGACAAUUAUUAGGAAUCCAAUUGACCGUGUUUUUAGUGCUUAUGAAUUUUCAAUUGAAGUAGCUGCUAGGUUUUUGGUGCACCCUAACUUAACAUCUGCCACCCGAAUGUCUGGAAGGAUCCGUUCAAAGUCAAAGGGAGUAAGCACUCUAGAUAUCUGGCCAUGGAAGUAUUUGGUUCCAUGGAUGAGAGAAGAUUUAUUUGCUCGAGUAUGUUUCUUUUUUAAGACACCUCUCAAUAUUUAAUAAAGUUUGAACAGCUUAACAAGAUUCAUCUUAAGUACACUGCAAGUUUGUAGGGCAAACCAUGAACCUUAAGUUUUUAUUUGAAUACAUUGACCAUCAGACCUAAUGCAUAGGAUAUUAACUGACGGUUGGCAAUUAUGUAAUCUCUGAAUAAACCUCACUGCUCUGGUUACAAAGUCGUUGAAUUGCUAGCUAUAAAAGUCCUUUUGACUACAUAUUUAAAUUUGUGGUGAUGUCAUUCUACCAGCUGCA